AUGUACCGGUUUGAUUUCUCUAUAAAAGCAAAGGCACAAAACUCCACAGGCACAUCCCCUUGCAGAACGGUGGUUACCAUAAUUAUGUCUGGAGUUAAAGGUGGUUGUGGUGGUGGAGGUGGAGGAGGAGGUGGAGGAGGAGGUGGUGGAGGAUACAAAGCUAACCCUUGUGUUACAGUUGAUCCAUGCCAAAACGUCAACAUCUCAACUCAAAAAGGUGUAGUUGAUCCUUGCCAGCAGAGUGGUGGAGGACAAGGUAGUUAUGGCAGUGGUGGAGGCUUUGGAGGUCAAGUGAGCUAUGGAGGUGGUAGUCAAGGUGGUCAAGUCAGCCAAUGUACAGGUGUAGUUGAUCCUUGCCAGCAGAGUGGUGGAGGACAAGGUAGUUAUGGCAGUGGUGGAGGCUUUGGAGGUCAAGUGAGCUAUGGAGGUGGUAGUCAAAGUGGUCAAGUUAGCCAAUGUACAGGUGUAGUUGAUCCUUGCCAGCAGAGUGGUGGAGGACAAGGUAGUUAUGGCAGUGGUGGAGGCUUUGGAGGUCAAGUGAGCUAUGGAGGUGGUAGUCAAGGUGGUCAAGAUGCAUUCAGGUACUUAGGUAUCUGGAUCUCUUCUGAUCCUAGUGCCUGGUACGACUUGAAUGUUUUACCUGUCCUUAAGAAAGUUAUGGAAGCCUUUAAAAACUGGCAGAAACUCCCUUUGUCUUUAUCAGGACCAAAGGCACAAAACUCCACAGGCACAUCCCCUUGCAGAACGGUGGUUACCAUAAUUAUGUCUGGAGUUAAAGGUGGUUGUGGUGGUGGAGGUGGAGGAGGAGGAGGUGGUGGUGGAGGAUACAAAGCUAACCUUGAUCCAUGCCAAAAUGUCAACAUCUCAACUCAAAAAUGUGCAGGUGUAGUUGAUCCUUGCCAGCAGAGUGGUGGAGGACAAGGUGGUUAUGGCAGUGGUGGAGGCUUUGGAGGUCAAGUGAGCUAUGGAGGUGGUAGUCAAGGUGGUCAAGUCAGCCAAUGUACAGGUGUUGUUGAUCCUUGCCAGCAGAGUGGUGGAGGACAAGGUGGUUAUGGCAGUGGUGGAGGCUUUGGAGGUCAAGUGAGCUAUGGAGGUGGUAGUCAAGGUGGUCAAGUCAGCCAAAGUGGUCAAGCCAGCCAUGGUGGUGGUUGUGCCAAGAAAUGA